AGAGGCUCCAGUCGAUCGAGAUCUAGGUCUGGAGGGUCCAGCUCAAAACCGAAAAUCACCAAAUACACACCAAUCAAAGCCACCUCAGUUCGCUCCCCGGUGAUUGUCAAACAAACUAAAGUGGGUUCGCGUUCAAGCACGUUCAAGAGAGUUGUCGUUGCUUAUUUGGUGACUCGCUACGCGUUCAGCAGUGCCCCUGUCUAUCGGCAGGGAUAUCCAAUGUACCGGAGUUAUGUCUCCAUCCCGAAGGAAAGAGCAGUGAGGGUUACCUAUGAGAGAGAAAGGCUCCUGAAUGAUAAAGGAGAUUUGUGUUUGGAUACGUCAGCAGGGAGUCAGACUACGAAGGAAGGAAUCGACGACAACUUGGUUAACUUGACAACUACAGUGAAGUACAAAAAUGGAGAAACGAAAACACUACACGGAGUCGACAAAACAGUGUCGCUGGAAGACAUCAUGGAUCAAGACUUUGAAGUUGUAAGCCUCGCCAGUUACAACAUCACGAUUGUGACGGGAACAACUUGUACACAGGUCGAGAAGACCGUCCAAGGUACGAUGGUUACCAUGUACGAGACAAAUCCGAACGGCUCGAACAGACUGAACAUCAACAACAUACUUCUCUCAGUCGUUAUUAUGUUGUUUGUGUUUAUGAAUUAACGUGUAUUUCGUUAUUGAAUCAAGAAGGCUCAUGUUCCGCUAGUAUCGCAUUUGAGCCCGACAAAGCGAUAAUGAUAAUAGGAUAAUAGUUAACGUCGAAAAAGCAAUUUAUUUGGCUUUUAGACCGCUGAAGUAUUGAGUUUAACUUGGAAAGCUCAAAGAGACUGAACAUCAACAACAUACUACUCUACAUCGUUAUUACGUUGUUAAUGUUUAUGAAUUUACAUGUAUUUCGUUGGUGAAACAGGAGCGCUUAUUUUUCGCUGUCAUCAAUAUGUUCAGACCCGACUCAGAGUCAUUUCUUUGGCUUUUAGUCUGCUGAAAUCUCGAGCUUAGCUUGGAAAGUCAGUAAGCUCUUUUAAAACUUCUAGUUUUUCAUGCCACAAAAUAUCAAUUAUCAACGACCCUCAACUGAGGAUGUUGUAAGAUGAUGAGUUGUACUCUAAGGAUUUGCAUGUGGCUGCGCUAAAUUUGCAUUUAGCUUGUUUUUGCUUCGAUUUUAGUAACCACAUUAAAUUUAUUCGAUAUGAAAAUGAUUUCAUUUCGUAAUUGUAGUUCAUAUGUACUCCCUUUUUGCGUAGUAAAGGACUGACUUCUGAACGCGGGAGAUUGACUUACAUUCGCAUCAUUGUCACGUAUGGAUUACGCCAUCGAGUACAUAGCUUUGGAUUUCUUAUAAUGUAUUUAAAAAUUUAAUUUUUUAGAAAGCGUUGCGUUCGGUUAUUCAUAGGCAAAAGGAAAACCUCACGCCAACAGGAAGGAAAAAAAAUUGAACAAGAUCUGAUGUUUUGUUGUGACAUAAGGCAGUUAUGAAGCUCAAACAAAUAUUUGACGAGUUGUCGGAGACUUUGUGAUUCGUGCGUGUCACAUGUCAGAUGAUGAGUGUGAGCAUUAUGUCAAGAGCUAGAAGCAUCGCCUUAAGUGAUUUUGGGAAAUUGAUCGGUUUACAUGAUCAACGCGACCUUGAAUGACCUUUUAAAUUAGUACUUAGCAACAACCAAUCACAAUGUAGAGAAUUUCGUAUUAGAGAGUGAUUUCUUACAAAUUCUGGAGAGUAGCUUUUUACACACCCGUUGUAAAUAAGCGAAUACGAGAGAGGAAUAAAACAGUUUGAUUGAGUCUAGUUCGUUAGAAUCCUAUCCCCUAGUAAACGGAGCAAAGUUUACGAAAGAGUGAUGUUCUGAACAAAAAGCACCCGGAAAAAAAGGGUCAAGCUUGUGAACUUGCCAAAAUUUGUUACAUAAUGUCUCACAUCAGCAUAUGACCUAUCUGUUAUUUUUAGGUAUAUCUGUCUUCCAUUUUUGGAAACAAGGCGAUUUUUAAAGUAACACAACUGGCAAAAGAUUCUCCUCGAUGCUCAUUAGCACGCUUACUCAUUGGAUUUCUGCUGUCGUGCUUUAGUCCACGCACGUCAGCGAGCGUUGAAAAACAAUUACGUAUGUUGAAAUGAAUGUUUACGUCACAGCUAAACGCACCCUUUGACCAAAAGCAUGAGCUCCUGCCCAAAGUUGUCGUAUUUCCACUAACACGUUUUUAAGGCGUUUAAUUGCAUCUUACGCACGCCGGCAAUCGCAGGAGUACAGAGAAAAGUUCAACAGCCUUCAAUUUUUACUUAAAAAAAAGCGUGCUAUUAAUUUUAACGCAGCAGUGGAAAUUGCUGACGCAGGUAGCCUUAACGCACCUCUAACUUAAGGAAAACUCACGCGACACUGGAAUCCAACUUUAUUAGAGAAGUAGGGGAAAAGACGAAUAUUCUUCAGUACGUUGUGUAUAUAAUAGUAUAGACCUGAGAACUACUAAGGAUUAUAAGGAUUAUCAUCACACGUAUUCCUAAAGUUCUGACAUAAUUUCCUAAGUCACGACGUGAGGAGGGCAAUUUGUGGGACUUGGGUAUAUUUGUAAGAUUAAUUGCGAGAGUAUUUGCCAUUACUUCUUUAUGACAUUUAGGCCAAGCUUCCUGAAAGAGUAUUCCGAAGCGCGGAUUAUGCUCGAUGCUCAUCCACGAAGCUUGCUUAUUGUCGACUGAAAUAGGUGACAAUCGACUGGUGAGAGGCUGGCGAUAGAGGUGAGGUAAAACCUUGUCCGACGUUUAUAAAUGCACUUCGAAGACAACAGAACCGGGUUAGAAAUAGUAUGGCCUGCAAGCAGGCGUUUGUGGUCAAGGCCCAACUGAUGGAUCUAACUAGGAGGGAAAAACGUUGUAGUUCUAAAUUGGUCUAUAUAAAAGAAAGUCUUAUUUUACUAGCAGCUGUAAACUAAAAAUAUUAAUUCGUGAGAAUAUAAGUACUGAGAUUUACUUAAUGCAAACUCACUGAAUAAAAAUUGUCGCUCUUUGAUGAGAAAAAAUCCCAUUGGUCAUACGAUUUUUCUAACUUGUGAAAAAUACCGUAAGAUCAAUCAGAAGUCUGAUACGCAAUUUUAUUCACAAAAGAGAAAAAUCAUAUCAGUUUUUCCCGCCUUUCGGGGCGGCCAUGCGAAGUUAUUGAGAGUGAAUGUUUGGAACGUUCCCUGCUUGCCUGAAAACCAGCAAGUAAAAAUGUCCCACAGUUUGUGUGAACUAAGAACAGGGAGAGCGCAUGAUGUAGAGAAACCGAAUUUAUUUCAAGUUUCUGAGCGUAAAUCAACAUAGCCAGCCAGCAAUGUCGCUCUUUAUAGGCGCUGUUAUUUAAGGUGGUUAAUUCAACAUCUCUAUCAGCAGCCUUAAUCAUACACCGACCCUGGCCACUCUAGAAACUGACAGAUGAAAUCCACCAAAAGGUACAAAAGACUAAAAGUAUUCGACUCCGAUUCAAAGUUAAAACGCUUUGCUAGUUUGUUGAAAGCUUAUAGGAGCUAGUACUUUCAGAAACUCUUCACUUGUCAAACGUAAGCCUAACUUUCUUUGAUAGGGCCUAGUAAUCUUUUUUGUCGAAUGAACUCUCUUAAAAGUAUAUUUUGGCCUGUUUGAUAUUGGAAUUGAGUAUUUUAGACUUCUUGAAACAAUGUAUUUUUCAGAAAACUUUUUGAUUGCCUUUUUAUCCCUUGCUUUGAGCUUACCCUCUUGAACCAUCUGUUUUAUUUAAGCUCGAGGCUGAUAAUCAUCAGGUUUGCGGCCACUCGUAGGUGUUUUCGUACUUGGUAGGUAGUGAUAGUCGGGAAGUUUGCUGUAAUCGGGAUAGGGUCGUGGAGUUGGUGUAAAUGGAGAAAGACUUACCAAGUCAGUUGCUCGACAGUAUUCGCAUAGCUCGCCGUAUUUCUCUUUGCAAGACAUUUUUCUGUACUCUGUAUCUCAUUCCCCUUUCUCGCAGUGCUCCUCUUCGAAGGAUGCUAGUUUAGCAAAAUAGCCAUGACCUGGAACAGUGUUUUUCUUAUUGUUCGGAGCAUUGUGAUACUGCUUCGUAAAAUCGCGGUUAUAGAAAAUCAUAUCCUCUGGCUUAUCCACCGUCAUUGCUGACAUGUAACCCCGUGGUUCCGGGGUUACAGCAACCGCAGACACACAGGUGGCAGUUGUAAGGUAGCAACGUGCCUGAAAACAUCAUUGGAUUGCAUAACCACAGGUUUAAGAGCAUUCUGUCCACGCACAGUUUUAAUGGGUUUCUCGGACAGUACGCACGGCCUAGGCGUAACUAUAGCCUAUAAAAGCAAAAGGUGUUGAUAAGUUUACACUAUUGUUGUUGCCAUACUGUAUAUCUUGAAGGUUUACAGAACUUGAAAAAUGUGGUUUCCUUUCAGAACCACUGGCACCAUUGUAAUUCACAUCAGAGGCAAUUCUGGUCUAUAGAUAGACAUACUUUGAUGACGUCAUUAGAACCGAAGGAAUUUUUUUCAGUGAUUACUUCUCUAUGAAUUAAUUUGAAGAAAGUCGAUGGUUUAUCUUUAAGUCAUUUGUUCCUCCUCUCAUUUUUUUCGACAUAAGGAGGUAGGAUAUUGAACACUUAUAAUCUGUGUUACUAACUAUUACAUUACAGCUACUUUAUGAACUCAUACAUGUCUUUUGUCGAUUCAUGUUUCAAGCACUUACGAAUGAUUUGUGAAAUCAUGUUUGCAGGAGGUUGCAUACCCGUUAAAGGAAAAAUCACGAGGGAAAACUGGCUUUAAUCUCGAUUAUUAAUGUCGUUGUCAACAAAGAUGAGAGUCGCUACAGUGUUUUUUGUUGCCAUCGUUCUUAUUUCUAUGGUGGAAGUAUUCGAAACAAGAGGAAGUGGUGGUGGAGGCAGAUCAGGAGGCUCUAGAAGCAGUAGAACAAGCUAUAGCCUUAAGAGUUCUAACUCAAAACCUAAAAUCACCAAAUACACACCGAUAAAUGCCACUUCAGCUUGCUCCCCAGUGAUCGUGUCACAGACCAAACUGGGAUCGUGUUCAAGCGCGUUUAACUUCUUUGCCUAUGCAGUGCACCGCUAUGAAUUCAGCGGCGCCCCAGUCUAUCGGCAGGGAUAUCCAAUGUACUGGAGUUAGGUUUCCAUCCCGGAGGAGAGAGCUGUAAGGAUGACCUAUAAGAGAGAAAGGCUGCUGGUUGACAAAGGAAAAUUGUGUUUGGAUACAUCACCAGGGAGUCAAACCAUGAUGGUAGGAAUCAAAGACAACUUGGUUGACUUGAGAACCACAGUGAAGUACAAAAAUGGAGAAACGAAAACACUACACGGAGUCGACAAAACAGUGUCGCUGGAAGACAUCAAGGAUCAAGACUUUGACCUUGUAAGCCAGUUACAACAUGUGACAGAAACAACUUGUAAACAGGUCGAGAAGACUGUCAAAGAUACAAUGGUUACCAUGUAUGAGACAAAUCCAAACGACUCAAACCGACUGAACAUCAACAACAUACUUCUCUCAGUCGUUAUUACGUUGUUUGUGUUUAUGAAUUAA